GCUGAGACUUGAAAAGUAUAUAUAUGUACAAAAAACCAUGCAACGGAGUACCGUAAGAUUUAGAGGUGAAUCUUUUGUUGGCGAACUGCACCGUGAAAAAAGUAUUCACCCAAAAAAUAAGCCACCCGCGCAAUUAAAAAUGAGGGGAUUCCAGUGGCUUUUAGUAUGUGCUAUAUUAUGUGUACAGCUGAAGUACUACUCCUCGCAGCAGGUUGUAGAAUUCUUUGGUACUUGUACUAACGAUGACGAAUGCCCCGAUUAUGCUCAAUGCGAAAAUGCUGGCGGUAUUGGAAACCAAUGCCGAUGCGAAGAUGGCUUUGAUGCUAUUGAUGGAAUAAUAACUUCGGUCGGGAAUGCUGUGACUGAGUGCAGAGACCUUGGUCCUUGUUCGCCAUAUGACAACAAAGAGACAGACUGUGGCACAAACGGACGAUGUGUAACAUACACUGAUAAUUACAACGUAGUCAAGGCCGCAUGCAAGUGUGCAGUCGGCUACACCGGAAUCAAUUGCGAAAGGCCUGCAACUAUUUUGCCCCCUAUAUUUACUACCCGGCGACCAUAUGUAACCACCAGAAGACCGGGAUCAAACAUCGGGGCCAUCAUCCCAGCCAUUGGAGGGGGAAUCCUUCUGCUGGCUCUACUCGCCGGAGGGGCCGCCGCCCUAGCUUCCUCCACUGGCUAGAUGCCCAACUCAAGAAAGAUCACUCUGCUAAAAUUGCAACAAACGAUG